CUGAGUCGUAUCUAUGUGGACGGCAUCGUAGCCAACACGCUGUCUGUGAAGAUCAUCUCAGGCCAGUUCCUGACCGAUAAGAAGGUGGGGACGUAUGUGGAGAUWGACAUGUUUGGUCUGCCGGUGGACACCAGAAGGAAAGGUUUUAAGACCAAGACGUCUCAGGGCAACGCUGUCAACCCUGUCUGGGAGGAGGAGGCCUUCACACUCAAGAAGGUGGUUCUGCCCACUCUGGCCUCGAUGAGGAUUUCUGUGUUUGAAGAUGGAGGGAAGUUCAUUGGCCAUCGCAUCAUUCCUGUGAAUGCCAUCCGCCCAGGUUACCACUACAUUGGUCUGAGGAAUGAGAAGAACCAGGCUCUGACCCUCCCUGCUCUGUUUGUCUAUGUAGAGGUCAAGGACUAUGUCCCUGAUACAUUCGCAGAUGUCAUCGAGGCGUUGUCCAAUCCCAUCCGUUACGUCAACCUGAUGGAGCAGAGAGCCAAUCAACUGGCAGCUCUCACUCUGGAGGAGGGAGCAGAGGAGGAGGACAGCAAAGAGGUGGAUGCAGGUGGUGAUGACCCCAUGGAGCCCGACCCCCGGGUGACCGUGCCCGCAGAGAACGGGGUCAACCACGCCCCCAUCAUCUCCCCCAAACCCCCCAGCCUUGUUAGCCACCAGCAACAGCCCACAGGUUCAGUGAAACCAGCAGUGAAGACUGAGGAUGUAAUCCAGAGUGUUCUUACAGAGAUGGAGGCCCAGACGCUGGAGGAGCUGAAGCAGCAGAAGGGCUUUGUGAGGGAGCAGAGGAAGCAGUAUAAAGAGAUGAAGGAGUUGGUCAGGAAGCACCACCGUAAGACCGGCGAGCUGAUCAAGGAGCACACGGCCAGGGCUGCAGAGCUGCAGAACCAGCACCAGCGCAGGCGCGCCGCGCUGCAGAAGAGCCACAAACGAGACGGUAAGAAAAGUAGGUCGGAGCAGUGUCUGUCGUCCCUGGAGCAGGAGCUGUGUGUGUUGGACCAGGAGUCCAGUCAGAGACUGUCCGAGCUCAAGGAGCAGCAGCAACAACAGCUACUCGCACUGAGACAGGAGCAGUAUUACAGCGAGAAGUACCAGAAGAAAGAACACAUCAAAAUGCUGGUGGAGAAGUUGACAACCAUAGCGGAGGAAUGUCAGAGUGCCCAGUUGAGGAAGAUCCGAGACAUCUGUGACAAGGAAAAGAAAGACCUGAAGAAGAAGAUGGACAAGAAAAGACAGGAGAAGAUUAAUGAAGCGAAGGCCAACAACAAGAAUGUGACAGAGGAGGAGAAGCUGGAAAUCAACAGGUCGUUUGUCAAUGAGGUGGUGCAGUAUAUCAAACGGUUGGAGGAUGCUCAGAGUAAGAGAAUGGAGAGACUACUGGAGAAGCAGAACGACAUCAGACAGCAGAUUGUGGACGAGAAACCUAAGCUGCAGACCGAGCUGGACCAGGAGUACCAGGACAAGUUCAGACGGUUGCCCCUAGAGAUCCAGGAGUUUGUCCAGGACAGCAGCAAGGCCAAGCUUAGCGACGACAGUACCCUUGGCAACCUGUCUGUCUCCUCGACGACCGAGAGGCUCAACCACAAAGCGUCACAGUCAGAGGAUGACACAGAAGACUCGUCGGAAAGAGUGUUUGACACACCCCUUUAAGACAAAUCUGAAAUGACACCCUUUUCCCUAUAUAGUGCAGUACUUUUGGCCGGAGCCUCAUAUAAGACUGUCCAAAAGUAGUGCACUAUAUAGGGAAUAGGCUUUAGAGACGAAACAUCAUUAGAGACUAAACCCUCCCCUUCCUCUGAAUUGGACAGUUCUGGUUGGUCGUUCUGGCUCGAGGUGAAAAUUGCCAUUCUAGGGACAGAUUACCCUGCGCUCACUCCUAACCUGAACCAGUAGGGGGGUUAAACAAUAUCUGACCCUGGACCAGUAAUAGGGAGUACCUACUCUGUUGUUCUAAUCAGAUAUGUAAAUACUUGUUUUGUAUUUGUAUGUGUGUUUUGUUGUUUUGCUUCGGAGCGGUGCAACCACAGGAUACGUGUAUGUGUGACUCGCCACUAACUAUGCGCAGGAACUAAGUUACAUACUUGAACCAUUGCACAGACAGAAUCAUUUCCUUUUUUGAAAAAUGUUUUUAAAUGUGUUCCUACUUUUUAAACAAGACAACGUAUUAGGUGUUAGAUGGCGUUCUCACAAUGCUGACUAUAGUGUAGGUCAGUCAGUGGUGCCAAUGUUUUGAUUUCACCGUGCACUUAGAGAAUAAUUACGAGUAGCAUUAAUAUGACAUUGGUUAAGACCAAGGCAAUGUUGAAUUUGUAACCUACAAUGGCACUGCAAUGUAACGUGAUUGCAUUUGCAAGCCCCAAAUAAAGUCCAGGCAUAGCAAGUCAAUUUCAACUUCCUGUCCAACCACUGUGGACACAGCCUUUAUUUUCUUUAUUGAAAAGUACGAAUGGCUCCUCGUGUAUAUUUUGCACCGAAGGCUUUCUACAGAGCUAACUCUUCUAUUCUUUUGUAGCCACCAAGCACUGGAGGCUUGGUGGUUUUAUUUCGUCCUCACAAAAGUAAGUCUACUCUGUUGCUGCUACCUUGUUUUAAUACUAUUGUUGUCCUAUUUUGCUUUGUAAGAUAUAAUAUUGGCCUGGCCGAGACGUACUUAUUUUAUAGUUUUAUUUUUUUCAUUUUUGUAAUGUUUUUGACACGUUAGCGUUUAGAUUGUUUAUGGUGGGGG